AUGCAGCCCUGGCAGUGCCUCCGGCGCUUUGCCCUGGCCUGGUGGGAGAGGACAGCGGAGGGCAGCGCCCGAUCUUCCAGGGAGGAGGCUGGACCGAGGGACCCCGGGGGCCGAGGGGAGCCAGAUCCGGAGCGGAGCAGCCCCCCCAUGCUCUCUGCAGACGAUGCCGAGUACCCUCGGGAGUACCGGACCCUGGGGGGCGGGGGCGGAGGCGGGGGCAGCGGGACCCGGCGCUUCUCCAACGUGGGGCUGGUGCACACGUCGGAGCGGCGGCACACGGUGAUCGCGGCCCAGAGCCUGGAGGCGCUCAGCGGGCUCCAGAAGGCCGAUGCUGACCGCAAGCGCGAUGCCUUCAUGGACCACCUGAAGAGCAAGUACCCCCAGCACGCCCUAGCCCUGCGGAGUCAGCAAGACAGGAUGCGGGAGCAGGUUGGCGGCUGGACCGUGGACCCCGUGUGCCUCCUCAGCUCCCUCUGCUCCCACCUCCAUGGCGACUCCGCCCCCUCCGGGGCUGGCCAGCCGGCCCAGACCCGCAGCUCGCGCCACACUCAGGGAGCCCAGCCUGGGCUGGCAGACCAGGCGGCCAAGCUGUCAUACGCCUCGGCUGAGUCACUGGAGACCAUGUCGGAGGCGGAGCUGCCCCUGGGCUUCAGUAGGAUGAACCGCUUCCGACAGAGCCUGCCCCUCUCCCGCUCAACCAGCCAGACCAAGCUGCGCUCACCAGGGGUGCUGUUCCUGCAGUUCGGGGAGGAGACUCGGCGCGUGCACAUCACGCACGAGGUCAGCAGCCUGGACACGCUGCACGCACUCAUCGCGCACAUGUUCCCGCAGAAGCUCACCAUGGGCAUGCUGAAGUCGCCCAACACAGCCAUCCUCAUCAAGGACGAGGCUCGCAACGUCUUCUACGAGUUGGAGGACGUCCGGGACAUCCAGGACCGCAGUAUUAUCAAGAUCUAUAGGAAGGAGCCACUCUACGCCGCUUUCCCUGGCUCACACCUCACCAACGGGGACCUCCGGAGAGAGAUGGUGUAUGCGUCGCGGGAGUCGUCGCCCACGCGGCGCCUCAACAACCUGUCGCCGGCGCCGCACCUGGCCUCCGGUUCGCCGCCGCCCGGGCUACCGUCGGGGCUGCCGUCGGGCUCGCCGUCGCGCUCGCGCCUGUCGUACGCCGGGGGGCGCCCGCCCUCCUACGCCGGCAGCCCAGUGCACCACGCGGCCGAGCGGCUGGGAAGCGCCCCCGCCGCCCCGGGCGUUAGCCCGAGCCCCAGCGCCAUCCUGGAGCGGCGCGACGUGAAGCCGGAUGAGGACCUGGCGGGCAAGGCGGGCGGCAUGGUGCUGGUGAAGGGCGAGGGCCUCUACGCCGACCCCUACGGGCUGCUCCACGAGGGCCGCCUGAGCCUGGCCGCGGCCGCCGGCGACCCAUUCGCCUACCCGGGCGCCGGUGGCCUGUACAAGCGCGGCUCGGUGCGCUCACUCAGCACCUACUCGGCCGCCGCGCUGCAGUCCGACCUGGAGGACUCGCUGUACAAGGCGGCGGCCGGAGGCGGCCCGCUCUACGGUGACGGCUACGGCUUCCGCCUGCCGCCCUCGUCGCCGCAGAAGCUGGCCGACGUGGCUGCGCCCCCCGGGGGCCCCCCGCCGCCGCACAGCCCCUACUCGGGGCCGCCCAGCCGCGGCUCACCGGUGCGCCAGUCCUUCCGCAAGGACUCAGGCUCCUCGUCGGUCUUCGCCGAGAGCCCCGGAGGCAAGACCCGCAGCACCGGGGGCUCCUCGACGGCUGGAGCCCCGCCUCCCGAGCUCUUCCCCGGGCCUGGGGAGCGCCCGCUCGUUGGGUUCGGGCCGCCUGUGCCAGCCAAGGACACGGAGACCAGGGAGCGCAUGGAGGCCAUGGAGAAGCAAAUUGCCAGCCUCACCGGCCUGGUGCAGAGUGCCCUACUGCGAGGUUCGGAGCCAGAGACCCCCAGUGAGAAGAUUGAAGACUCCAAUGGAGCAGCCACCCCCUCAGCACCCUGCGGGUCAGGCAGCCGGAGCAGCGGGGCCACCCCAGUGUCCGGCCCUCCCCCGCCCUCGGCCAGCAGCACGCCUGCGGGGCAGCCCACUGCCAUCAACCGUUUGCAGAUGCAGCUACACCUGCGUGGCCUGCAGAACAGCACCAAUGACCUGCGCAGCCAGCUUCAGCAACUGCGGAAGCUCCAGCUACAGAACCUGGAGUCUUUGCGCGCGCUGCUGAAGGGCACGGAGGCGGAGCUGAGCAUGCGCGUGUCGGAGGCGGCGCGGCGGCAGGAGGACCCGCUGCAGCGGCAGCGCACCCUAGUGGAGGAGGAGCGGCUGCGCUACCUCAACGACGAGGAGCUCAUUACCCAGCAGCUCAAUGACCUGGAGAAGUCGGUGGAGAAGAUCCAGAGGGACGUGUCCCACAGCCACCGACUGGUGCCUGGGCCCGAGCUGGAAGAGAAGGCGCUGGUGCUGAAGCAGCUCGGGGAGACGCUGACUGAACUCAAGGCUCACUUCCCAGGCCUGCAGAGCAAGAUGCGGGUAGUGCUGCGUGUGGAGGUGGAGGCAGUGAAGUUCCUGAAGGAGGAGCCACAGCGCCUGGAUGGGCUACUCAAGCGCUGCCGUGGCGUCACAGACACGCUGGCCCAGAUCCGAAGGCAAGUGGACGAAGGUGUGUGGCCACCCCCCAGCAACCUCCUGAAUCAGUCCCCCAAGAAGGUGACAGCCGAGAAUGACUUCAACAAGAGCUUAGACUUUGAAAUGCCACCCCCCAGCCCUCCACUGAAGCUCCACGAGAUGAGCGGGCCAACCGAGGGGGCUCCUCCGACCCCGAAGGCGGGCAACCCCACCAAAGGCCUGGACACUCCUGGCAAGAGAAGCGUGGACAAGGCUGUGUCUGUUGAGGCUGCCGAGCGGGACUGGGAGGAGAAGCGGGCAGCCCUGACCCAGUACAGCGCCAAGGACAUCAACCGGCUUCUGGAGGAGACACAGGCAGAGCUGCUGAAGGCCAUCCCUGACCUGGACUGUGGGAGCAAGGCCCACCCAGGCCCAGCCCCCACCCCUGACCACAAGCCCCCCAAGAUGCCUCACGGCCAGAAGGCAACCCCCCGAACGGAGCCCAGUGGAAGGAGAGGCUCAGAUGAGCUGACAGUGCCCCGAUACCGCACGGAGAAGCCCUCCAAGUCGCCCCCGCCGCCCCCUCCCCGCCGGAGCUUCCCCUCCUCCCAUGGCCUGACCACCACGCGCACUGGCGAGGUCGUGGUCACCAGCAAGAAGGACUCGGCCUUCAUCAAGAAGGCCGAGUCUGAGGAGCUGGAGGUGCAGAAGCCCCAAGUGAAGCUGCGCCGAGCCGUGUCCGAGGUGGCCCGCCCGGCCUCCACACCCCCCAUCAUGGCUUCUGCCAUCAAGGAUGAGGACGAUGAGGACCGCAUCAUCGCAGAGCUGGAGGUGUUUGAGAGAAGCUCAGUGUCUCCCCUCCCCCCCACGCCCAGCCGCCAGCCGAUCCCCACCUUGCUGUUCCCCCAGGACCCGGGGCCUCCUGGGGGCUCAGCCCCAGGCCCCACAUGGAAGAGUGGCGGUGGCAGUGUGCCGCCCAUGAAGGUGGUGACUCCGGGGACCUCUCGGCUGAAGGCGGCCCAGGGCCAGGCAGGCAGCCCCGACAAAGGCAAGCAUGGCAAGCAGAGGGCCGAGUACAUGAGGAUCCAGGCGCAGCAGCAGGCCACUAAACCGUCUAAAGAGAUGAGCGGGUCGAAUGAGACCUCAAGCCCAGUCUCAGAAAAGCCCUCGGCUUCCAGAACCUCCAUCCCCGUAUUGACUUCCUUUGGGGCGAGGAAUUCUUCCAUCUCCUUCUAGAAACUCCCUAACCCCCCACCCCCGCCUGCCCCCUCCCUCAUCCCUGCCAUUUCUCUCCUCGGCUUCCCUUCAUCUCCACCCCACCCCGACACCAUUCUCCAGACCCCUCGAAGGUGGCCCGUCCUCAGCUCUCUCUGCCCAUCCCCUGUUGGUGUUUUUGUUUUUUUUUAAUGAUUCACUUUUAAUUAUCUUUUUUUUAAAAAAAAAAGAAAAAAAAGAAAAAGCAAACCAGUAAAACUAAAAACCAAAA